AUGCCAAUUAUGCCAUCUCUUGAUCAAAAACAGGGCCUCCUCGGUAGUCCACUCCACAAUCAUAUGCUGCUAUAUCCAUAUGUAUUUGACCACGUUUCAGAUGGGAUGCCGGGAGUUCGAGGUGGCGUUCGGUUUUCGGCGGAUAUAAACUACUCCGGUCUUUCGGGAUUAGCCGAAUGA